AUUUUUUGAAUAUCCCGCCGCCUUCUUCUCCGCCACCGGCAACAGCAACAACAUCUACUGAAAUGAGAGGCCCGCCACCGAAGCGUCAUCCACCAAUUCCUCCACUCCUGGAGGAUGAAAUGAGUGGCACGGCUCAUGCAAGUGCUACCGAUGAUUCACAAUACGAGGAACCAGGAAUGCCAUCUAGUCCCAAGCGUUUCUAUGAUGGUUGGUUAUACUGA